AACUGUUUCAUUCCGAAUAUGGGUGAGGGGCCGGACCGGAAGUUUGAUAUCGUCUCAGCUCUGCUCUUUCAUACCUCAAUUGGUCCUUUCAGCGACAAACAAUAGCAUAGCAACCACUCUGAUGACUGAAUUAGCUGGCUAGCUAGCUACUGAUAAUAAUUUAGCUUGGAAUCCAGAAGAAUCCAAAGUGACUGCACUAGUUUUGAACUAGCUAAAAAGCUUGCAUCUUCAAAACUGGAACAAAUCCGGAGACCCAUCACACGCAGAAAUCAGGUCCGUCAUACUGAGUGAAGGGCCGUGCAGGAGGGGCUUAUAGAGAGGGAGUCCACCGUGGUCCUUAGUAGUGUGCAGAGGAGAGGAGGCUCCUCAGUAGCAGCAGCCAUGGAUCUGUUAGCCUAUCUGAAGACCCAGUUUGUUCUGCAGCUCCUCCUGGGCUUUGUGUUCGUGGUGAGCGGCCUCAUCAUCAACUUCAUCCAGCUCCUCACCUGUGUCCUGUGGCCCUUCAACAAGCAGCUCUACCGCAGGAUCAACACCAGGCUCUCUUACUCCCUCUGGAGCCAGCUGGUGAUGCUGCUAGAGUGGUGGUCGGGCACCGAAUGCACCCUUUAUACAGACCAGGCCACGGUGGAGAAGUUUGGCACGGAGCACGUCAUCAUCAUCCUCAACCACAACUACGAGAUUGACUUCCUCUGCGGCUGGACGAUGUGUGAGCGAUACGGAGUCCUAGGGAGUUCCAAGGUGCUGGCCAAGCAUGAGCUGCUGAAAGUGCCUCUGAUUGGAUGGACCUGGUACUUCCUGGAAAUUGUGUUCUGUAAGAGGAAGUGGGAGGAGGACAGAGACACUGUGUUCAGAGGUCUGGACAGACUCAAAGACUACCCUGAGUUUAUGUGGUUCCUGCUGUACUCCGAAGGCACUCGCUUCACAGAGAAGAAACACCAGAUCAGUAUGGAAGUGGCAGAGAGUAAAGGCCUGCCCAAGCUCAAAUACCACCUGCUGCCCAGGACCAAAGGCUUCACCACAACACUGAAAUGCCUCAAGGGCACAGUAUCUGCCGUGUAUGAUGUCACACUGAAUUUCAAAGACCACCAAGUCCCCACUCUGCUGGGCAUAAUCAACGGCAAGAGAUACAUGGCCGAUAUGAGAAUCAGACGGUUCCCUGUAGAUGAGAUCCCAGAAGAUGAGAAGGAGUGUGCCAACUGGCUUCAUAAGCUUUACCAGGAGAAGGAUGCUCUGCAAGAACACUAUCAUAAAGAGGGCACUUUCCCAGGUCCUACCAUCACCCCUCCUCGCCGGUUGUGGACGCUACUUAACUUCUUGUUCUGGGCGACCCUGCUGCUCUCGCCCCUCAUAAACUUCGCCUGCGGUGUGGUGGUCAGUGGCUCCCCCCUCCUCAUCCUCGGCUUCAGCCUCUUCCUUAUCAUUGCCUCCAUAGCCAUCCGUCGCCUGAUCGGUGUCACCGAGAUAAAGAAGACGGGCUCCAGUUACGGCGACGAGGGGGCUAAGAAACAGAACUAGAACUCUCCCUCCCGACCGCGGUCGCUCUCGUACGGUCCUCCUGCGGUCCCCUUCCACCUAUUCUGUUGUCCUGAGGUGUGUGCGAGUAAGCACUCCGGGGGGGGGGGGGGGUCAAACCGAUUUACACCAGAGAUGGAUCUGGACGAUGAGGGAAGGAAGAGAAGGAGGGGUUUGACCAUUUGAGGAGUGUAGAGAGAAAAGGGAGACCAUCUGCAGCCAGCUCUCUGUGGAGUAGGAGAGGGCAGGACUGAGAACAGGAGGUACUGCUGUGGACAUGCUCCUUGCCCCCUUAUCCAACCCCCCCAGUCCCCCCGCCACCUCGCACUCUUCGACUCCUUUGACCCUAGGAACCAAGCCUAUCAGCAGCUCUCCUUUCCAUAACUUUCUUUUCAAUCUAGUUUUUGAUUUGAGGUUGAGGUGUUACUUCAGUGUUCACCUUGUAACAUACAGUACAGUAUAUCUCCCCCUCGUUCUACCGAAAAGCCUGGCAGAGCUCUACAAUGCGACCAUUUUCCUCACCUACGCGCCUAAAUAUGUUGCUGUCCGCCUAGAAAAAAAAUCACCCAGAUGAUAAUUGUUGCAAUGAUUUCACUGUACCGCAGCCCCUGAGUGCCAUGGGGAAUACACAGAGCGCAAAUUCAUGACCGUCGUAAUUGCACCAUUACUACAAAGAAAACGGCUUGUUACCUUCAAAUAUUUUUCAUUGUGCUCCUUCUUUGUGUACUUUCUUCAACUUAGGCACACGUAUGCUCACUGUACAAAACGGUCAGUGUGGAGCCCUGCCAGGUUUCCGCUUUGCUUUUUACCUCUGAGCAAAAAAGGUGUUUAUUUUCACUGUGCUUCAUCUCUCUGUUGUGGGAACCAUUUUUAUUCAUGAGCAAAUAUAAUGGGGUGGCUCUAUGAUUCUAUAAGUCUAUGCAUUCUUACCAAGACAGUCAGAUAGAGUUUGGCUGCUGUUGAAUAUUACUUAGGGACUUAUUUUUAACAGAGCUAUGUUCAACAGCAGAGAUGGGACUUCCAGUGUUUUAAAUACUGAGUCAGGGUUCUGUGUGUUAAGACUACAGCAAGGGCUCUGUAUUCAUUAACUUCAUGGUAACUUAUUAACAUUGCCAUGAUAUUCCACACCACUAUUCCAACGCCCCCGGGUUCUGACCCUAAUUAUUUUAUGUAUGUAGGUUUUACAGCAUUCUCCAUUGCUUGCUCACCAGUAGAUAUCUGCACACAUAUUACCAUGCCAGUUCCCGAGUGAACUAUGAACUUGUUCUCCUGCCAUCUCUGCUCUGGUUUAAACAUGCUAAACCACCCUCAGUGUUAGUGUGACCUCUUAUAAUAACCUUAACCACCAAUUCCAGUCAAAACAGACAAUGAUAACCCCCAGCUACCCUUUAUAAUUGAAAUGCAGUACUUACUGAAUGAAUGAGUUGUUCUAAUGAUCAAAGCUGAGAGCUGCUGGUCUCACUGCCAUCCCCUUCUCUCCUAAAACAGUGAUGGGGUUGGUAGUGGCAUUAGUGUACGGAAACCCAGCACUUACUACUGUCCACUUGUAACCUCAUUACUGAAAGGACAUUUGAUUCUGCUCUUCAGCUCUAGACUGUAGUAAUGUUUGCCUUAAUUCAAGUUUGCUUAGGCUAGGAUGAUUGUUUGAUUUGUUGCUAGGUUCCCUCCCCACCUCAUCUCUCCCUCCACUACAGUCUUCUAUUCAGAAACACUCCACCAACCCUUCAUCCAUAAUGGUGCACUGUGGGUAGUUGAGUUCUCUCCGGGGUAGUACUGACAUGUUUAUGGGUUUAUUAUGCCAAGGUAUAUGUUGAGAUGCGAGGAUCAAUAGGAUCUUAUUAUCAGUAGCCACCUAUGAGUAACAUGAUGUUACUAAAGCUACUUUUGGGUCCUGAAUUGCACAGGAAGGAGUAGUUCUUAUUUUUUAUUUAUUUUUCUCAUUUUAUUUUGCUGCAAUUCAUUGUACGGCACAGCAACUGCAUUUGCUUUUAAAACAUGUUACAUUGUUUAUCUCUACUCAUUGGACAGUUAUUUACACUCUAUGAUGGUAGUCUUAAUGGUGACCCGCCCCAUCUGUGGUCAUCUGAGGGGUUGGUGUAUAGGGAGGCGGAUGACACCUUUAUAACUGGGCUUGUCAGCGCAACAUGCAAACAUGAUAGCAACACGUCAUCACUAGUCUAAAGAACACCAUUCUGUUUCACCGUCACCAUCUUUUCUCCCUAUGUUGAUGUCCCUUUGUUGUUCUUUUUUUUUUUGCGUUAAAUGUUUUUUAACCAGGACAGAUUCAUGCAAGCCUUAACAGACAGAGUGCAGCUUCAUUGCAUUGUGUGUGUGUGUGUGUGUGUGUGUGUGUGUGUGUGUGUGUGUGUGUGUGAACUUAGACAACACUUCCUCAGUAGUAUUAGGUUUUGAUUGGCAAGUAGUGAGGGACACUGACUCAGUAAGAUUCACAUAAAUCUGCCCUCUGUUAAAAUGACGAGGAACUCGUGUUUUAUUUCUCACUCCAGAAAAAAAUGGGUUAGGGUUAGUUAAAGUAUAGCUAUUUGUAAAGCUGAAGAGAUGAGGGUCCCAUGAGAAUCUGCUCCUAGUUACAGUAAUAGUUAAGAGGGCCCCGUUUUAAUAAUACUUACUGUCCCAUGAUGCUUCUGUGUUCGAUACCUCUGUUACAGCUCCUGUUACAUCUCUCAACUGUCAAUACAACUGUUACAGUAGCUUAGGAGAUAUAUGUUCAAAGUUUUGGGGCAUAAUGUUAUCACCAGUCUACUUCCCAUAACUCUAAACUACAGUACCACCUCUCCCUCAGGUAUCGAUCAGUCCAGCUCUGUGUAUAAGGUGUAUAUAUUUCAGUGCAACAGAACAUGCAGAGAAGUUAACCUGUGGGUUUUUAUUUGGGGGAAAAAAAUCCCACUAACUUUGAAUUUUUCUCAUUUUUGGUCAAGUUUUCGAAACUUAAGAAUUGGGUAACGUUAGAAAUACGACACUGAAAUCUGACCCUUUUUGGCAUAAAAGUUGAGUCAAGAUGUGCCACUUAUUUGUCCUUUUUCUAAAUAUCUGUUUUCAAUUAAACAAUUAAGAAUAUUAAAGGAUUUAAUCACAGUUGA